CUAUGAAAUGGUGUCUCACCCACAAAUUCUUGACUGUUGCUUUUUGUGGGGACUCUCAAUUGGUCAUCAAGGAUGUGACUUCAAAGAAGGUUUCGCAUUCAAGAGCGGGAGCUAUUCUAGAGGAAGUGCACUCUCUCUUUCCCUCCUUCCUUUCAGUCUCGUGUCUUUUUGCUCCUCGGAGCUUCAACAGAGCUGCCCACCUCGUGGCAAAACAGGCUCUUUUAUCGGGAGUCCGGUUGCAUACGGACUACCGUUCUUUUUUGGUGUCUUUCUUGUAAUUGUGUUAACCGACCAUGCCCUGGGGGCUUAUCUUGGAUAAAAAUAAAAAUAAAAAUUCCAACCAUAUAAAAGAUAUGAAACGAACCGGUGGUGAUAACUGAUAAGGAGUAAGGACGGCAUCCCUAGAUCCUUCGAGCAAAAUAUCCAAAGGCCAGGCCCUAAAAUAUCUUAUCGCAUUUAGCUCCACGUUGGCCCAGAUAAUAUCUUCUUUCUUGGAAGUGAAAACCGGCUCCCGAACUUUCCCGACGCUAUAUCUUUCCCCCUUUCCCCUUAUCACUCGAGAUAUUUUGUUGCUUCCCCAUUAGAAAAUUGUCGCAAACCGCCAUUGCCAACCUUUAAAUACCGCCCCCGCCUCUUCCCGCGCCUCCCAGUUCCAUGUUUCCCAUCUUCCGGAACCUACUGGUAGAUCACCGUUGCAGUUCCAAUUAGGGCUGAACGAGAACCAGAAAUGGAAACCCAAUUCGAAGACGCGGCCUCGCCGUCGCCGUCCUAUUACAGCAUUCUGGGUUUGAGACCAGAGUCGUCGCUGGAAGAAAUCAAGCGCGCUUAUCGCAAGCUUGCUAUGAGAUGGCAUCCGGAUAAGUGGGCUGCGACGUCGUCUGCUCUCUUGGGAGAAUCAAAGCGGAGGUUUCAGCAGAUUCAAGAAGCUUAUUCAGUGUUGUCAGACCGAAGAAAAAGAACUCUAUACGAUGCCGGAUUGUAUGACAAAGAAGACGAUGAACCAGACGAGGGGCUCUGUGAUUUUGUCGAGGAAAUGUUGGAUCUUAUGGCACAGCACAAAGAAGAGGACAAGAACUACACGAUGGAGGAGUUGCAGAAGAUGUUAGCAGACAUGGCGCAGGAAUUCGAAACCACUUGCGGGUGGGCACUUGGCGACGAUGGUAGAAAUCGUUACCGAGAUGGGAAUCAGUCUAAGAGAGCUAGAAGAGAUGGCGUGAUGAUGGUUGUUGGAUCAGCCGGAGGUUUGGGCUCACAUGGAUCAACUGCUGCUACUUUCUGCAACUGAUGAGGCAGCCAUUACUGACCCAAUUGACCACUUGCAUUCCGAUGUCCCCCUGAAGAACAGAGCAGGGCACCACCAGGUGCACAAUGGACUUUGGCGUACUGGAUUUUUUUUUGCUGUACUGCCAGUGAGUGUGGGCUUCCCAAAACGAACGAGAUUUUGUUUUGGAGAGUGGAUGUAGUCGAGCUUCCUGUCAAUUAGAAAAGAUGUAUAAUAAGCGUCCAUGGAAUGUAACUGAAGGCAUGGUCAGAUUGUUUGUACGUUUUGGUUUUACAUCCGUGUUUGUAAAAUCGUACCAGUGAACGGAUUGGGAAAAGACUCUACUGGAGUCUAGUUAAAUUGACUUGAAACAGCAGCAACGUUGUUAAUCCCACUAAUGAGAUGUUUAAUGCAAAAACCUUAAAUAGAAAUUAAAAUGAAUAGAGGAUAUGAUGGCUAUGAAAUGGAUGUAUAAUACACUAGAAAUGUUAAUCUUAAUUUGGCCAUGUUCUUGAUUCUAACGAGUUUAAUUGUGAUUGUUUUCCAUCCCAAAAAAAAUAGCAAGCGUACCAUAUGCAUCCAAUCAAAUUAGUAAGCACCCAAAGAGAUGCAACAAAUAAUCAAUAUCAUCACCCCUCAUGGGUUGUUACACGUGGCCCGGACCUGAUCGAAUCAUAUGAACGAAAUACGAUCCAAAUCGAAAGGACAGAACAUAGGUCAUAGAUCAUAUCGAUCAUAUACUAUAUGGCACAUAUCAGAGUACGAGUAUGCAGUGCGGCAUGGUUCGGUCUAGAGUCUAGACUAGGCAGGCUAUAUUCAACAAUACCUAACUCUUCUCCCUACCUUCGAUGCUCUCCAGUAUUCAAAAAAUAAAAAUUUCAUUGACUAAUAUGCUAGUGAAACAAUAUUACAAUAAAUGAGUGAUCUAACUAACCCGCCAAGAAAUGUGAAUGUAGAAGUGAACUUUUCAAUUUUCCGACUCCCUCCCCAUUCUUCAAUGCUCUAUCCGUCGUCACUCAAUAAAAAUACACAACAAUAGUUUCAUCUCCCUCUUUCUCUUUGUGCUGCCGCUUAUUUUCCUCUCUCAGAUAGUCCGAAAGUUUCUCGCGCGAUCUCUACCACGAAGAGGUCGAGGGCUUUUUGAGGUUGGGGUUGUCGCUUUGCUCGCUAACAUUUCUCUCUUAUCUCAUCAAGGCAAAUCAAUUUUGUCUAUUAUCAACUACAAAGUCCAUACAUCGUCAAUGGAUAUGAUUUUCCAUCUUUUUCCUGUCCUUUUGGUGGUUAUUUCAUGAAAGGGAUAACACAGAAGUGAACGCUUGAUCGGACUUGUCGUUUGUUCUUCGAAAUACAUAAAUGGAGAUUUUGUGUAAAAAAAUAUUCCGACUUAGGUGGUAGUAGUUCACGGUUUGCCAUGAGUUAUGUCGACAUUAUAUUAAUUAUCUAGCUAAUCAUUAUCAAUGAUUCAAUUCCUUUUAAGAGAAAUAUGGAUGAUUUAAUCUCUAAACCAUUAAAUUAUUUUCAAGAGUUAGGAGAUAUACAUAGAUACACCAGCAAGCCAUGUGAACAGCUCAUAAAAAAUCUCUAGUACUUUGCGUCGAAGUUCAUGCACAUGGCAUGCAUGAGCCGAAAAACGAAUGGCAAAAAAUUAUUGAUGACAUAUAUAUAUAUAUAUAUAUAUAUCAACAUGGUUGAACCCUUUAUUCUGUGCUAGCUGCUCAAAGUUCCAGGUUCCUUCUAAUAUGCAAUUAUGCAGCAUAUGGUGGCCGGCUAGUUGGGUUUAUGUAGGCAAAUGUUUUGAAAAUGUUGCAUCGGGAAAGUUGUCAAGUUGGGUGUUAGAAAGAAAAAUUUAAGCUCUAAUAAUUGAUUGUAUAUAGG